AUGGCCUCUGAGAGGAAGGGAACUGAGAGGCGGCAUAACCCAGUGGAAAGCAUCUGUAGGAAAAUCAAAGCCAUCCAAAAGAGGGAAGAGCUUUCCAAUCAGAGUCAACAGAUUAUCAAGUACCAAUCCAGCAGUUUUGAUAGUCCACAGGCUAACACAAGGGAAGAUUUUGAAGGGAUACUGAAGAAAAUGGCUGCUGCUCACAUUCCUACACCCAACACUCACUUCUCAGCUCCUGAAAAAGAUGAUGCGCUCAUCUCAUCUCCCCAAACAGGGUCUCCGAGAACCCCGUCCGUCUCUCAGCUCAGCUCCCCUGAGAAUGCAACCUACCCCAUCCUCAAAAGUUCUGAAAACAUCUCAAGGCUGAGAUCACAGAGCUCCCAGAAUUACGUAUCGUUGGUAUCACAGACCAGAAAGCGGGAGUCCUUCUCUAACAAGGAUUUGAAUAACCAUGGGAGUGAAAAUCAUUUUAGUAUCUUAAGACUUGACUUUGAUUCCACCUCUGAUCAAAGCUCUGAAAUUUUUACUCCUCAGGAUUCAGUGGGGAAAAAUUGGUCUCUGAAUGAAGAUGGAUGGAAACUAGACACGGAUGAUGGCAUUAACAGGACCUGUGAAGAGUUCCUCACAAGCGUUUUUCAUGCAUGUGACACAAGCUGCAGAGGCUCAGUAAGAAUUGUCAAAAUAAUAGAUUACCUCAGACAAAUAACUAGUCAAGAUUCUAAAGACGGUGGCUUUGAGGAGCUAUGGAACAUGCUUGAUCCUGACAGGAGAGACCUGCAUGUGGAUCUGGAAACUUUCCACGCCAUCAUGAAAGAAUGGAUGGCUUGCUUUAAGAUGAUCAGAAAUAUAACAGAGUCUGCAUCAGGGAACUUCGAGGCUUUGAGCGGAGACGUGUCUAGAGGAAUCUUAGAGGUGUCUGACUUGAUUACCUAUGUAGAAGAGCUGCAUUCCAACAAGCAGAAACUGGAAGAGGAAAAUAAUCAGCUCAAGUUGGCAUUGGAAACCUUGGAAGAAGCUAACAGCCGGUUAUCGGAGGACUGUACUGAACUGCGCCUACAGAUAAAAAGUGCCCACCAGGCUAUUAUGAGAACAAAUCUGUUACAAGAAGAACUAGAGGAACUGAAAACUAGUAUGAGUGCUUCAGAAGAGCAGAAGACCACAAUUGUAGCCCAGAACAAACAAUUAGAGGCAGAAAACCGGGCUCUGAUUCUUAAGAUUCGGAUUCUCCAAGAGGAGAAUACCAAGAAUGUUAUGGAUAUAUAUGCAUUGGAAAAGAAUAUUGAGGAAUUGUCUAAAACUGAGACAGAGCACCAAAUGGAGUUACACAUGUAUGAGAACACUUUGCUCAAUAAAGAUGCAAGUUUGCAGAAGAAGGAUUUAAGUAUAGAAGAACUUAAGUCAACCAUCAUAGAAUAUGGAAGCAUUAUAGAGAAUUUACGAGGGGAAAAAACCAAACUGGCUCAUGAGUUACAGCACUUGCAACAGGAACUCAUCAUGAAUGGGAUCCAAUUGAAUGUUAGUGAAGAACAUAAGAGUAUCGUCUCCAAAGGAGAAAAGUCUUUACGCUGUGAACUCAUUCUUGCUCAGUCUGCAGAGAACACUGAAACUGAGCAGCAGUGCAGUUUAAUCAGCUUGUCAUCUCUGGACACAAUGAUGGACCAAGAACUGCUGCUGUCACUGAGAGAACUUGAGCAGAAGGGAGUGGGAUUCACAGCUACUCUCCAGAAGCUGCAUGAAGACAGUUCUGAAGUGGAAGCCCUCAUUGACAGUCCUCUCCAGUGGGUAACUAGUCCAGACAUUACUGUGAAAGAAAAGUGGGAGAACAUGCUUACUGAAUUCAAAUAUACCAUGGAAGAGAAACUAAAUUUUUGCGUAUUAAUGCUGAAGAGCUUGGGAAACCACAAAGAAUCUCUUGAUAAAGAGUUUGUCAAGUUGAUAGAGAUUUUGAAGAGAUUCGGGCUGGAAUAUUUUUAUUUCGGAAAAGAAUAUCUUUCCAGGCAGAAACAACUAGAAGCCAUUAAACAACUGCAAGAAGAUGCUGUCAACCAGGAAGCCAUCCUCAGGAAGAAGGUCCAAGAAGCCAGUCAACGGCUAGAGGAUGCAGAGGAGCAGGUAGGGCGGCCUUUGACUAUAUUCUAUUUAGGGGAAGCCUCCUCAGAUGUCCUUAAAACCAUGAGAUAAAAAUGGAGAAGGAACAACAACAGAAAGAA